AUGAGGGCCACAGCACUCGCCUUGAGCCCCAACUCCCGGCGAGAGACAUGCCGUCAGACCAGCAAGGAUGAGGAGGCCGUCAUGGACUCGUCAAGGCCCAGAGCUCAGCAGGUCCAGGUGACUCUGGGUGUUCCAUCCUGGGGGGGACCCCUGUCCAUCUGGGGACCUGUGACACUGAGCUUCAGCCUGCCAGGGGUGGAGUACAGCGUGUGGCCAGGGAAGGAUGGGCCAGAGGAGGCAGCAGGAGAGCUGUGGGAGGGCCCAGCCACAGCAGAGGAAGUGGGGGCCACGAGGACCCUGGAGCAGAGCAAGUGGGGGCCCACAAAGACCCUAGAGCAGGGCAGCACAGGCCAACAGUUUUCUGGGAAGCCCAAUGUGGCAGCUGGAGUGUCCCUGGUGCGUUCGAGAAAAGGCUGCAGGCACGAGGCCUCGCUGCGCACAGAGCACUCUCUCAGGAGUCCCAACAGCCCAGAAGCCAGUCUGGAGGGUCGGGGGGUGCCCAGAGAGAAGGGCUGGACAGGGUCCUGGCAGGACGGGCAAGGCCCCGCCUCUCAGAGCCUACCUCUGUUCUCAACCCUAGACAUCGCCUGCAGGGACAGCACCGCCACCAUUAGAGCGCCCAGGCGGCCUACACCCCGAGGCAGCAGCUCCCUGUUCCUGAGACUCACCCUGUGUGCCCUGUUCGUGGUGGCCUUGGGCCUGUGCUGUGGCCGCACCAAGCCCGUCAUGCUGGCCCUCGAGGACCUCCGUGCCAGGGUCCUGGUCCUCGCGCUGCGCCUGCGGCAUGCAGUCCUCACCUGCUGGCGCUCCCUCCUGCAACUCUGA